AUGGGGAGCCGCCGCCGGGGCCUGGGCCAGCCGCGGGCCGGCCUCUGCCUGCUCCUGGCCGCGCUGCAACUUCUGCCUGGGACGCAGGCCGAGCUCGUGGAUGUGCUGAAGGUCCUGGGCGUGCGGGGGGGCCAGGCUGGGGUCCCCGAGGGGCCUGGCUUCUGUCCCCAGAGGGCUCCAGAGGGCGAUCGGGCGUUCAGGGUGGGCAAGGCCAGCGUUCUCAGCAUCCCCACGUGGGAGCUCUUUCCAGACGGGCACUUUCCUGAGAACUUCUCUGUGCUGAUCACUCUUCGGGGCCAACCGGCCAAUCAUUCUGUCCUGCUCUCCGUUUACGAUGACAAGGGUGCCAGGCAGCUGGGCCUGGCACUGGGGCCAGCUCUGAGCCUCCUAGGUGGCUCCUUUACUCCCCUCCCCCAGCAGGUCAACCUCACAGAUGGCAGGUGGCACCGUGUGGCAGUCAGCAUAGACGGCGGGAUGGUGACUCUGGUGGCUGACUGUGACCCUCAGCCCCCUGUGUUGGGCCAGAGGCCACGAUUCAUCAGCACAGCUGGACUUACUGUACUGGGGACCCAGGAUCUUGAAGAGCAGACAUUCGAGGGAGACAUUCAGGAGCUGCUGCUAAGCCCAGAUCCUGGGGCUGCCUUCCACGCCUGCGAGCGGUACCUCCCCGGCUGUGACAACCCGGACCCUGCAGCCACAGGGGCCCCCCAGGGUGAGCAAGAAACCCCUCCGCCUCGGCGCAAGGGAAAAGGAAAAGGGAAGAAAAAAGGACGAGGUCGCAAGGGCAAGGGCAAGGGCAGGAAGAAGAACAAGGGAACUUUGACCCCAAGCCCACCUCCUGGCUCCCUGGAGAACCAGACCUCCACUGACACCCCAAAGACAGAGACACCAGCUCCAAAUCUGCAUCUGACCCCCACGCCUUUGGUCAUCACCUCCACUGUGACUGCUGGCCACAACGUCACCAUCCUAGAGGAAGACCUGGACCCGGACAAUGGAACCGAGCUGGGGACCCCAGAGACCGAAGCAGCCAGGGAGGAUGAAGAAGGAGGUGACUCCACCAUGGGCCCCGAUUUCCGGGCUGCAGAACAGCCAUCUCGGACUCACUUCCAGAUCUUUCCUGGCGCUGGAGAGAAGGGAGCGAAGGGAGAACCCGCGGUGAUUGAACAGGGACAGCAGUUCGAGGGACCUCCAGGAGCUGCAGGACCGCGAGGGGUGGUCGGCCCCUCAGGCCCUCCUGGCCCCCCAGGUUUCCCUGGGGACCCUGGACCACGGGGCCCUGCUGGCCUCCCAGGAAUCCCUGGCAUUGACGGGGUCCGGGGCCCACCAGGCACUGUGAUCAUGAUGCCGUUCCAGUUUGCAAGCAGCUCCCACAAAGGACCCCCAGUGUCCUUCCAGCAGGCCCAGGCACAGGCGGUACUGCAGCAAGCUCAGCUGUCCAUGAAAGGACCCCCUGGCCCGGUGGGGCUCACUGGGCGCCCGGGCCCCGUGGGUCUCCCUGGGCAUCCAGGUCCGAAAGGAGAGGCGGGGGAGAUGGGGCCACAGGGUCCCCGAGGCCUGCAGGGACCUCAUGGGCCCCCUGGCCAAGUGGGCAAGAUGGGCGCAGAGGGACCUCCAGGGCCCACUGGCCAGGCUGGGGAGCCGGGCCCCCGAGGACUGAUUGGCCCCAGAGGCUCUCCUGGCCCCCCGGGACGCCCGGGUGUUGUCGGAAGUGACGGUGCUCCAGGCGCCAAAGGCAAUGUGGGUCCUCCAGGAGAACCAGGCCCUCCCGGACAGCAGGGAAACCACGGGUCCCAGGGACUCCCCGGCCCCCAGGGACCCAUUGGCACUCCUGGGGAGAAGGGUCCCCCUGGAAACGCAGGAAUUCCAGGCAUCCCAGGAGCCGAUGGCCCUCCGGGCCACCCAGGCCAUGAGGGCCCCACGGGAGAGAAAGGUGCCCAGGGUCCACCAGGGUCGGCAGGCCCUCCGGGCUAUCCUGGACCUCGGGGUGUGAAGGGCACCUCAGGCAACCGGGGCCUCCAGGGGGAGAAAGGCGAGAAGGGAGAGGAUGGCUUCCCUGGCUUCAAGGGUGAUGCGGGUCUCAAAGGCGAUCGGGGACAACCCGGACCCUCAGGUCCCCGGGGAGAGGAUGGCCCCGAGGGGCUGAAGGGGCAGGAGGGGCUGGUUGGCGAAGAGGGACCCCCAGGCUCAGCUGGGGAGAAGGGCAAGCUUGGAGUGCCGGGUCUCCCAGGUUACCCCGGACGUCCAGGACCGAAGGGAUCUAUUGGCUUUCCCGGGCCCCUCGGACCAAUAGGAGAGAAAGGGAAGCGGGGGAAGGCAGGACAGCCGGGGCUGGAAGGAGAGCGGGGGCCACCAGGCUCCCGUGGAGAGAGGGGACAACCGGGUGCCACAGGGCAACCAGGCCCCAAGGGUGACGUGGGCCAGGACGGGCCCUCUGGGGUCCCUGGAGAAAAGGGCCUCCCUGGUCUGCAAGGCCCUCCAGGAUUCCCUGGGCCAAAGGGCCCCCCUGGUCACCAGGGGAAAGACGGGCGACCGGGGCACCCUGGACAGAGAGGAGAAUUGGGCUUCCAAGGUCAGACAGGCCCACCCGGCCCAGCUGGCGUCCUAGGUCCUCAGGGAAAGACAGGAGAAGCGGGGCCUCUUGGGGAAAGGGGGCCCCCGGGCCCCCCUGGACCUCCUGGUGAACAAGGUCUUCCAGGCCUGGAAGGCAGAGAGGGGGCCAAGGGGGAGCUGGGCCCGCCAGGACCCGCCGGGAAGGAAGGGCCAGAUGGACCCAGGGGCUUCCCUGGCCCCCAGGGACUCCCCGGGGACACAGGUCCUACUGGUUUGAAGGGUGACAAGGGCCCUCCAGGGCCUGUUGGGGCCAACGGCUCCCCUGGCGAGCGGGGUCCUGUGGGCCCAGCAGGAGGCAUUGGGCUUCCUGGCCAGAGUGGCGGCCAAGGCCCUGUCGGCCCUGCAGGCGAGAAGGGGUCUCCGGGAGAUCGUGGUUCCCCCGGCCCUACUGGCAAAGAUGGGGUCCCAGGGCCCCUGGGUCCUCUGGGACCCUCUGGAGCUGCCGGGCCUUCUGGCGAGGAAGGUGACAAGGGGGAGGUUGGACCCCCCGGUCACAAGGGGAGCAAAGGCGACAAGGGAGAUGCGGGCCCGCCUGGACCGACAGGGAUACGGGGUCCUGUGGGACACCCAGGCCCCCCGGGGGCAGAUGGAGCUCAGGGACGCCGGGGACCCCCAGGCCUCUUUGGACAGAAAGGAGAUGAUGGAGUCAGAGGCUUCGUGGGGGUGAUCGGCCCCCCUGGCUUGCAGGGGCUGCCAGGCCCUCCCGGAGAGAAGGGUGAGGUUGGAGACGUCGGGUCCAUGGGUCCCCAUGGAGCUCCAGGUCCUCGGGGUCCCCAUGGCCCCAGUGGAUCAGAGGGCCCUCCAGGGCUGCCGGGAGGAGUCGGUCAGCCGGGCGCCGUGGGUGAGAAGGGUGAACCAGGGGAGCCCGGAGACCCAGGACCUCCAGGAACCCCAGGCAUCCUGGGGCCCAAGGGAGAAGUUGGUGAAAAGGGGGACACAGGCCCAUCUGGGGCUGCCGGACCCCCGGGCAAGAAAGGUCCCCCUGGCGAGGAUGGCGCCAAAGGGAACAUGGGCCCCACGGGACUCCCCGGAGACCUAGGGCCACCAGGGGACCCUGGAGUUUCGGGUAUAGAUGGCUCCCCUGGGGAGAAAGGAGACCCUGGUGAUGUUGGGGCACCGGGUCCACCUGGUGCUUCUGGGGAACCCGGCGCCCCUGGGCCCCCUGGCAAGAGGGGUCCUUCCGGCCGCGAGGGCCGGGAAGGCAGAGAAGGGGAGAAAGGUGCCAAGGGGGAGCCAGGUCCUGACGGGCCCCCAGGAAGGACGGGCCCAGUAGGGGCUCGAGGGCCCCCUGGACGUGUGGGGCCUGAGGGUCUUCCGGGGAUCCCGGGCCCUGUGGGUGAACCAGGCCUCCUGGGAGCCCCUGGGCAGAUGGGUCCUCCCGGCCCUCUGGGGCCCUCUGGCCUCCCAGGGCUGAAAGGAGAUGCCGGCCUCAAGGGGGAGAAGGGCCACAUCGGAUUAAUUGGUCUCAUCGGCCCCCCUGGGGAGGCCGGUGAGAAAGGGGAUCAGGGUUUGCCUGGCGUUCAGGGCCCCCCUGGCCCCAAGGGAGAACCUGGUCCCCCUGGUCCCAUUGGCUCUCUGGGCCACCCUGGGCCCCCAGGUGUGGCGGGUCCCCUGGGACCGAAAGGCUCAAAGGGCUCUCCGGGAUCCCUUGGUCCCCGUGGAGACACUGGCCCCCCAGGCCCCCCAGGCCCCCCGGGUCUCCCCGCAGAACCUCACGGGCUGCGCAGGCGCCGACGCUCCAUCCCAGUCGUGGAGGGCGGCCUGGAGGAGGUGCUGGCCUCGCUCAUGUCGCUGAGCUUGGAGCUGGACCAGACGCGGCGCCCUCCGGGCACAGCCGAGCGCCCCGGCCUGGUGUGCCACGAGUUGCACCGCAACCACCCGCACCUGCCCGAUGGGGAAUACUGGAUUGACCCCAACCAGGGCUGUGCGCGGGAUGCGCUCAGGGUUUUCUGCAACUUCACGGCAGGAGGAGAGACCUGCCUCUAUCCCGACAAGAAGUUCGAGAUCGUGAAACUUGCCUCCUGGUCUAAAGAGAAACCUGGCGGCUGGUAUAGCACAUUCCGGCGAGGGAAGAAGUUCUCCUACGUGGAUGCCGACGGGUCCCCGGUCAAUGUGGUACAACUGACCUUCCUGAAGUUGCUGAGCGCCACGGCCCGCCAGCGCUUCACCUACUCCUGCCAGAACUCAGCCGCCUGGCUGGAUGAAGCCGCGGGUGACCACGGCCGCUCCCUCCGCUUCCUGGGUACCAACGGGGAGGAGGUCUCCUUCAACCAGACAGCAGCGGCCACCAUCAGCGUCCCUCACGAUGGCUGCCGGCUCCGGAAGGGACAGGCGAAGACCCUCUUGGAAUUGAGCUCUUCUCGAGUGGGCUUUCUGCCCCUGUGGGACGUGGCGGCCAGUGACUUUGGCCAGAUGAACCAGAAGUUUGGGUUUGAACUGGGCCCCGUCUGCUUUAGCAGCUGAGAGUCUCCGGGGUGGGAGGGACAGUGAAGGAGCCCCCCAAGAAGGGGCACAUUUGGUGCUGAGGCUUCGAAGCCACCGUAUUUAUCAUUUCCUGUGACUCUGAAGACAGGGGAUGUGACUCUGCUCACCGAGGUCAAACAGUAUUAGUUCUCCCUUCUCGGGGGGCUGGGGGCUGGGCUCCCUUGGUCAAGGGGUCCCGCCUCCUCCCACUCCACUCCGA